GAUUAGGGUCCACUUGAUUGAUUUAUAAUUCCUCUCACAUGCUAAAUACACAAGGCUUAAGAAGGUUCUUAAAGGUUGUAGGGCUCUGAAGGAUCGUUCAUCUAUUUCUGCUCUAAUGAAAUUAUGAAGCUUUCCCAGUGUGCGAGCAUAAGUUAGUUUACGAAUUGUUGAAGGAAGCUUCAGAAAAGGAAGGUUUUUUUAGCGUUAGCGUUGGACACAUACACGAUCUUCAUACAAGUUAAGGGGUAUUAAGAUAAUUAUCGCAUCAGCUGUGCUUUAGAAAUGGCCAGAAAGACAUAAUUCACAUGCGUUAGUCAUUGAUUGAAUAUGUCACAAUGAACACUACUGCAAUGCAUAAAAUCCUUAAGAAGUAUGAUAAGGUAAACAAAUAUAUAAAAGUUUUCAAAUUACUUACCCGUUUCUUUAACACUUUGAUAACUGUUGUUCAGGUAAUUGGAUCGGUUUACAGCAGGAAAUGUACGCAGAUGAUGCAGACCAAACAUAUUGUGCUUCCUCACAUGAUUUGGUUGAUAGAUUAGGAGCAUUCAUUAUUAAUUGAAACAAAGAAGUUAACAGAAUGUGCUUAAAUUUCUUUGGUCCUUUCUCGUGUGAUAAUGAUGAGUCUCUAAUUUCUAUGAUUCUACCUGAUUCUGUCAAGUUGGAUUACAAUCUCUCUUGUCCCAUCCGUUAGGAAUUUCUAUUCAAUCCACAUGCUUUGAGUUUUGGGCAUCUUUUCUGCAAAUUAUGUGUUUGUUCGUCAACAUCAGUUAUGAUCUUUGAAGGUCUUGACUUUGCAACUCCUCAGUCUAAGAGUUCGGUUUGUCCAAAAGCCAGAGUAUUUGCUAAGUCAAUAGAAAUGGUGGAGUUGGAGAUACUCUUCAAGAAGAGAUUUCGGAAGGAUUAACAACUAUAUAAAUGAGAUAUCCUUCCGAGCUUCCAAGGCACAUCCGUUGAUGACCUAUUCCGCACAUUACAGUUCCAGACAACAUAUAGUUUAUUGAAGCUUUGAUUUUUAUUUGAAAGGUGAUAAGAUGGUAAUUGAAAGUAAGACAAUGAAAAUGAUCAUAAACAAAUAUCUGCUUGUUCUUAUGGAUCAUACUGUCCCAAUUGCAAACAUGUUUGAAUUCUCCAACUCCAUGAUUUUGGUAAAAAGAUUGAGAAUAUAAAGAAACAAGAUGGAACCGAUUUUAUGGUAAUUGAGUACUCGUCAGCUGAAAACUACUGUCAACGGGAUCAAAAGACAAUCCAUUGUUUAUAACAAGACCUUCAUCUGUUGGGUUUUGUAAUAAUCCCCUUACUUGUAGGGUUGUAGAUGCAAAAUUUUGGAUCCUUCUUACAAGUUCGAAUUCCUUCGAAUAUGGCUACUACAUGCGUAUUGAUGAAGCUUCGACAACAAAGAAGUCAAUUGUUUAAAGACACUAUAGAAACAUUUUCGGGAUUGAGGUUUAGAAAGCAUUUGAAAACGGUCUGUUGCUUGCAUUUGAAGGCAUUCAAUUCAAUAGGAAUAUGAACGAUCGUUUUUUCAGAAAAUCAGAAAUCUGUUUGUGUUAUUGGAAGAACAGUCUGGAGUUACCUGUCCACUUUGAAACAUAACCAACCACCUACGAAUGGAAACAGAGAAAUGGCUAUUUAUCAUCUUUUAAGCACGCACUUGUUUAAUGCUAAAGGAUCUACAUGGGAUUGAUUGAUGACUACUUAAGGUUGAAGAAUCAAGGAUCAGGGAGGAGGACGCAAUAUUAAGUUUUGGGAGGUGUUUAUGCACCUCAAUGAUGAGAAGGAGGGAGAUUUUCCUUAGAAUUCCUCUCAAGUUGAAUACAACAAGCUUAAGAAAGUUCUCAAUGGUUGUGUAGAGCCAUGAAGAGUCGUUGCUCUAAUUUUAUUGAUAAAGCUGAAGAGGGAAAAUUUUCAUCUCAAGUUUGUAGAUGUGAUGCUUGCUCAGGAAAAAGUCUUACAAAGUUAUUAUAUCAGUUACUCAAUGGAAAGAAAAAUGAAUAUAAAUCGACUGAGUGAUGAUACAUUGGAGGAAAUUUUCUCUCGGUUGUCAGUGAAAGAUAUUUGCUUCAGCAAGUGCGUGUCUAAAAAAUGGCAAAUAAUCAUGUCUGAAUUUUCUUUCAUAAGUCGUUAUGCUUCAAAGUCGACGGGUAUUUCUGGACUGUUUUUCCAGCACCACGAAGAACUUUCUGAUUUCUUGAGAAAAUCGAUCGUUCAUAUUCCCGUUGAAAUGGAAUGCCUUCAAGUGCAGGAGAAUGUUCUGAACUUUCUUCCCGAAAGAGUUUCAGUGGUGUCUUCAAACAAUGGACUACUUUGUUGUCGGAGCUUCCUUAAUACACAUAUAAGUAGCAUACCAGGUGGAGUUGCCGAAGGAUUUCGAUGGGGUAAAAGUGAUCCAAAACUUUACGUAUGUAACCCAACAAGUAAAGAAUUUAUUACGAUAAACCCCCCUGAAGAAGACUUUGGUGUAAGCAUUGGAUUAAGUUUUGAUACCAAUGAUCGCAGUUUUCAGCUUGUAAACAUCAAUUGUCAUCAGAAUUCGAGUUCGUCUGGUUUGUUUACUUUCUCAAUCUUUUCAUCAGACACAUGGAGCUGGAGAACAAUCUCAAAAAAGGUUUGUAAUUGGAACAGUACAGUCCAUAGGAACAAGCAAGUAUUUGUUAGCGGUCGGUUCCAUUGGCUUACCUUGAAUCACCAUCUUAUCACCUUUCAAAUAAAAAACGAAGAAUCUGGAAUCAUUAAGCUCCCUGGACCUGAAAUGAAUGGAGAAGGUUAUCGAGGGAUGUGCCUUGGAAGCUCAAAAGGAUUUCUCAACUAUAUGGUUGUUCAUCCUUCAGAAAUCAGAAUUUGGGCUCUUAGAAGUUAUGAAAAACCAGAGUGGGGUUUGGCGAAGAGAAUAAAUUUGAUUGAAUUUUGUGGACUUUAUUUGAGUCAAUUCAGUCCUCAAUUAUUACCAUUUUUGCAAGAACAAUUGGAGAAUGACGAGACAGAGGCUAAUACUUCGGUUGUACCACUAGCUUUCAAUGAGGAUGUUAUUUUUAUGGAUAUACAUUGGUCUUUGUUCUCUUUUAACCUUAAGACCAGUGCCUUGAAGAAACAUUGUUGCACGUACAUGAUGCCGUGUGAUGUUUUUCUUUCUCCGACGGUACUUCCUUACUCGGUAAACUUGGCUGCUCUGAAUGCUUUUAAAGGAAUGGGUGCAGGUGCGAGUACUAGUACAAGUAUAAGAGAUCGCACCCGUCAAAUCUUCUUUUGAUAUAUAAGGAUGACUAAGUUGAGUUGUUAGCACCAUCUUGUUCCGUAUGUUAUGAAUAUUUUUAUUGUUUUGAGACAUUGUUAAGUUUACAGAAUUUCCGAUUGUUAGUAGUUCAAGACAGGGUACUCCUUUUUCUUUUGUUAUUGUUGUUCUAUGUGGUUGGAUUUUACAAUGAAUCAGCAAUAAGUAACCAGUUGUUAUUAUUAAUCA